UAACUCAUUCCAUUCCCAAUUUCUUCAUUCAUCUCUUUCUUUCUUUUUCUUUUCCCUUUCUCUCUCUCUCUUUUCCUUUUCUCUUUAUAACGAUUUUCCUUUUUCUUCUUAUAUUCUUCUCAUAAGAAAAAAAAGGAAAAUCAAAAAUCAAAAAUAAAAAAUCAAAUCGUUUUUGGAACCUACUCUACCGAUUGAUCUGAGAAUGGCGGAAGAACAUAGAUGUCAAGCUCAGCGUCUCUGUGCUAACAAUUGCGGUUUCUUUGGUAUUCCCGCCAUGCAAGAUCUUUGUUCCAAAUGUUACCGUGAUUUACAACGUUCUUCUUCUGCCAAAUUGGUUCUUAACCAAACGCUAAUUUCUCAACCGUCAAUUUCUCCGGAAACUAUUGUUCAGCCAUCGUCUUCGACGACGUCGGUGGUUGAUUCUUCUAUUUCACCGGUCACGGUUGAAUCUGAAACGAAGUCGGCUGCGGCGGUGGUUCAGCCGAAUCGGUGUGGGAGUUGUAGACGGCGCGUGGGGUUGACUGGAUUUAAGUGUAGAUGUGGAUUGACGUUGUGUGGGUCCCACAGGUAUCCGGAGAUGCAUGAAUGUGGGUUUGAUUUUAAGGGAAUGGGAAGAGAGCAGAUUGCGAAAGCGAAUCCUGUGGUGAAGGGAGAGAAAUUGAAUAAGAUUUGAUUUGAAAAGGGUAUUAUUGUAAUUUCAGGGUUUGGUUGUUUGUUUCUUUAAAAAAAAAUGGAUGAUUUGGGUUUGAGAUUCUGGAAUUUCGCUGUUAUCAUUUCAUCUUAUGUGUUAAUAUUAGUUGAAUAAACCAUUUUAUUUUAGUUUCAAAA